GGGGGGCGCUGUGCUGCCGCCGCGUCCCUCCCGCCGCCGCCGGUGAGGCUCGGCUGCCCCGGGCGCGGUGAGGCGGGAUGGGCAAGAGCUGCAAGGUGGUGGUGUGCGGACAGGCCUCGGUCGGGAAAACAUCCAUCCUGGAGCAGCUGCUCUACGGGAACCAUGUGGUCGGCUCGGAGAUGAUCGAGACCCAGGAGGACAUUUACGUGGGCUCCAUCGAGACGGACCGCGGCGUACGGGAGCAGGUGCGCUUCUACGACACGCGGGGGCUGCGGGACGGGCUGGAGCUGCCCAAGCACUGCUUCUCCUGCACCGACGGCUACGUGCUGGUCUACAGCACCGACAGCAAGGAGUCCUUCAAGCGUGUCGAGCUGCUCAAGAAGGAGAUAGACAAGUCCAAGGACAAGAAGGAGGUCACCAUUGUGGUUUUGGGCAACAAGUGUGACCUGCAGGAGCAGCGCCGGGUGGACCACGAUGCAGCCCAGCACUGGGCCAAGGGCGAGAAGGUGAAGCUGUGGGAGGUGUCCGUGGCUGACCGGCGCACGCUGAUCGAGCCCUUCAUCUACCUGGCCAGCAAGAUGACACAGCCACAGAGCAAGUCUGCCUUCCCCCUGAGCCGCAAGAACAAGGGCAGCGGAUCCAUGGAUGGCUGAGCCUGCUUCCCCUUCCCUUCCACUGCCACCACCUCUUCCUCACCUUCCUGCUUCUCUGGCACACAACCUCCUGCUGAGUCCUGUCUGGUGUCACGGAGCCUAUGGGAAGCAGGUGGCAGGAGGAACAAUCAUCCCAGGCCUAGGGAUGGUCCUGGUGGAUGAGAGAGGCAGUGGAACAGGAACCACUCCUCUCCCUGCCCAGCCCAUGAUGCUGUCAGAGGUGCUACAGGAAGGUCAGGAUUCACUCAGUGACCCCCUCUGCUCUCAUGUGCAGGCUGGGAGAGUGGAACAGAGGCACAGCACAGGCUGGCUGGAACGUGGGGAACAGCUCCAUAUCUGGAGGGAACAACUCCCUCUUUUUCUAUUUCCUGAUAACAUGUGGGCAGUGCAUGUUUGCUGGCCCUGCCUCCAGCCAGGCAGUUCUCCUUGCCCUGCCCCAGCUGGCUCUGUGCUGCUCCCCUGCAGGUUGUCCCUUACCCUUGGCAGUGUCCACUGCUCCUUUAUGCACUGGAAUAUCCAGGCAUGCUGCCCCAGGGAAUGCCUAGAGCAGGGCAGGUGCUGUUCCUGAGGGCAGGGUGCCCAAAUCCACCAUUCCAGCCCUCCUCUUCCUGGGUGCAGACUCAGCCAUGAGCUUGGAGGCGAUGGGGUCGUGCUUCACCUGCAUACCUAGGUCCUUGGAGGAGCUGGGACUGUACUGACCCAGAUGCUCUGGGCUAUGGUAGCUCUCACUGCCCACCUGUCACAAUGCUGCCUCCUCUCAGAACCACCCUAAGACAAGGCACAGGUGUCCCAGUCCUACCCAGCAACAGUCGUUCCCUUCAGGUAGUCUGGAUGUAGGAAAAGAACUGAUUAAAUGCCCCAAUGUGUUUAUACUUGUUCCUUUUAUUUACUGAGUAACACAAUAAAGCGAUGAGAUUCGGUUAUCAAAA